AGCCGGGUGGAGGACAGCUGUUCCGGGGAGAAGAAGAAGAAGAAGAAAGAUGCUAACGUUAGCUAGCAGAUAAUUCUGUAAAUGUUGCGUUCUGGAUGUUUUCUGGUGUUUUUCGUCAUCAAACGGAGUCCGACCUCAUCCUAAACCCUCUCUGCAGACUCAGUAGAGACUCUGGAUGGAAACAAGCCCCGCUGUGUGCAAUUGUAGAGGUUUAGGGAGCAGUUUUCUCUGUGUUUAGUGUGUUUAUCUCCUCAGUCAGCUGUCCUCAUCUCCAGGGAGGAUUCUAGGAACCAGCAUCCAUGGCAGCUCCUGUCAACAUCCAGACCCCCAGUAAGACCUGGGAACUGAGUCUGUACGAGCUGCACAGGAGCCCCCAGGAGGCCAUCAUGGACGGCACGGAGGUGGCGGUGUCUCCUCGGUCCCUCCACAGUGAGCUCAUGUGUCCCAUCUGUCUGGACAUGCUGAAGAACACCAUGACCACCAAGGAGUGUCUCCAUAGAUUCUGCUCCGACUGCAUCGUUACUGCUCUGAGAUCUGGGAACAAGGAGUGUCCGACCUGCAGGAAGAAGCUGGUCUCCAGACGUUCUCUACGCAGAGACUCCAACUUUGACGCUCUGAUCUCCAAGAUCUACCCGAGCAGAGACGAGUACGAAGCCCACCAGCGCCGAGUCCUGGAGAGACUCAACAGACUCCACAACAAGGAGGCCCUGAGCUCCAGCAUCGAGGAGGGGCUACGGCAGCAGGCCCGCUACAGGAACCACCGGGUGAAGAAGCCCACCCAGGAGAGUGAUAACACCACCUUCAGCGGUGGGGAGGACAAUGGAGACUCCCGCUCCCACCUCUCCCAUGACUCCGCCCCCUCACACGCCCCACCCCAGGACCAGACCCCUCCAGAGGCUGGGCCGAGCCGGAAGCGUCCCCGUGGCUCUGAGGACGGAUCGGGGCCCGAGGGGGACAGCGAGAGUCCAACUCCUCCUCUGAGACUCCACAAAGAAGGACCAGGAUCUGAGAUAGAGCUGGUGUUCAGACCUCAUCCACAGCUGGUCCAGGACCAGGACUACAACCAGACCAGGUAUGUGAAGACGACGGCCAACGCCACUGUGGAUCACCUGUCCAAAUACCUGGCUCUGAGAAUCGCUCUGGAGGAGCAACGGAGCAAUGGAGAGGUGGAGGACAGAGGAGGAGAGGAUGGAGGAGGAGAAACAGGAGGAGGAGGAAGCAGUCUGAGCAGCAUCAGUGAGAAACAGUACACCAUCUACAUCCUGACCAGAGGAGGACAGUUCUCUACUCUCAACGGUUCUCUGACUCUGGAGUUGGUCAAUGAGAAAUACUGGAAGGUGAGGAAACCUUUGGAGCUUUACUACGCUCCCACCAAGGACCAGCAGCAGCCACAACAACCACCACCACCACCCCCACCGCAGCAGCAGCAGAGAUCUCCUCCCCAGCAGAGGGAUGGAUGAGGAACAGCUCCUUCUGAAAGUGUCUCUUAAUGAACCUCCAUACUAAAUUCUACUCAGCAUGUUUUCAUUUUACUGCCAUGAACUGGACUUAUCAGACGUCCACCUGAUGGUUUACGGAGGAUUUAUCCAGAAAAACAAGCAGAUUUAUGAAAGAAGAGAUGAUUUAGAAAUACAAACCAGUGAUGAGCAUCUGGUUAAAACCAGACAUCAUCUGAACCUCCUGAUGUUUGGAGGUGAUGAGCUGAGGACAUCAGAGGAGUCUGGAGAUGAUCUUUGGAUGAAAUGAAUCUCCUUCAGCUGGAUUCUUCUCGUUACUUCUGCUUUAAAAGAAGUUCUGUGUUUAACCUGCAGCUUCCUGGUAACUUCUUCUGGAUUAUUUUCAUCUUUGGUGCCAAAAUACCAACGUUUGAAGCUUCAGUUCCAGUUUGUCCUCUAGAUCCUCACAUUUACUGAAAAACUAAAUAAAACAUCAAAAUAUCAGAGAUGAAGAGAUGUUUUAAGAGUCCUCCUGGUCAGAAAAAGUCUUUUAAAAUCUAAAAAAUGUUUUGUAUGUUAAAUGCUGGAAUAUAAGCCAUAAGUUUAGAGAUGAGUCAAACAUCUUCAGGUUCAAUAUUCUCAUCGAGAAAUGUUUAGUUUUCCUUCUGCUCUGUGGCAGAACAUCAGGCUUUUCUGUUUCUAUAUUAAAUGUAGGUGAGGCCAGAAGAUGGCAGCGUUGCAUCGUUUCCCUGCAGCUUUAAAACAUCGUAUUUUAAAUACUGAUAAGAUCUAAACGGAGACACGGCUCAGACCAACUGUUCAGGUUGGAACCGGUUCUGUUUUACAGCUCAGUUAUUCCCACGUUUUAUGUCUUUAGAAUCUGUUUUAUGUCUUUAGAAUCUGUUUUGUGUUUAUAGAAUCUGUUUUGUCUUCAGAAUGUUUCUGUAGAAUCUCUUCUGAUCUCCAGAUUAAUGAUAAUUAACACCUAAACCACUCAACACAUUUAUUAAAUGAGAAAUUCCCACAGAUUCACUAAAUUUUCUAGUUUCCAUCGAGAACCAACUCCUUGUUUCUGACCACAUUUUCCCCAUAUUUCAGCAUUAUUAUUAAUAUUCCCUUCCACCAAGAGGCUCCCAUUGAUUAAAACCACACCAGGUACAUGUGAUUAUAUUUGUGUGUUUUUGAUCUUUUAUUGCUUGAAGACUUCUAAUUUUCUCUUUUUUUUUCAACCAGAUCUUUGAAAACAGAACAAUCUAAACAGAUGUCGCUGUUUCUGUUUAGUUUUCUUUGUUCUGCAUUCAAUGUCUGAAUCUAUUUAUGAAAUCUAAUUUAAUUUCUUCAGGUCUCAAGCUGUUUCCUCUGAGCAGAAUAACGCUGCAUUAGUGUUUGGACCAAUUAGAACCAGUUUGGAUCAGAGAUAAUUUAUAUUUUAGAGGCAGGGUGAUUUCCUAAGAGUCCAUUCAGGUCUCAUUUCCUUCAGAAUCUGAACCUUUCUGCUGGGUUUUCCUCCAUAUUUUAAACAUGUAGCUGAACCCUUCCUCCUGUUCUCUCUUUAAUGGACCAACAGGUGAAGCUCCACCUGCUGCUGUUUGUAUUUAACAUAUUUCUUGGAACCUACAUUCUCUGGAUUUUCCUUAUUUAAGGUUUAAUGUUCUGUUUUCUCUCCAGUCCUUCUGUUCUGAUGCACUUUAUGUUCUGCAGCAGCCAUAUCGUUUCUAUUUACCUCAGUUUAUACAAAGUUCUGAUCAGAAAAAUGCAGUAUUUCCUUUCCUGUUGUAUAAUUUUACCUUUUUCUUCUUCUGUCUACAAUUCAGCACAAUAAACUGUUUAACUCAAA